AUGUACCAACCGCUCCACCCCAAUUCCUCGCGUACUCUCCUCCUCUUCCUCCUUACCCUUCAACCCUUCCCCGUCCCUCCCGGUUUCCCCUCCCCGCGCGCCCCCCCUCGCGUUCCAGAGUGUGACUCGUCGGACCCGCUUUUCUCGCCGCUCUCGCGCUUCGGGGGGGACCACGCGCACCGCUACCACCGCCCGGCGCACCUGUGCUGGAGCAAGGCGGAGAUGCCGUGCUACGCGGGGAGCCGCGGCAUGGCGGCGCGCUCCGAGACGCUCAAGCGCAAGCUGCGCGCGUACCACGAGUACCGGCGCGAAUGCGACGCGAAGGAAAACAUCACGUCUUUAAAGACAAAGCUGCGCGCGGGGAACGCGACGGAGUGCAGAUACCUCCUAUGGCACUUCAAACCCGGCGACGGGCAGGGGAACCAGUUCAUCUCGCUCGUGUCCGCGUUUGUGUAUGCGUUGCUAACGAACCGGGUGUUUCUGCUCUUAACGGGGAUGGGACCGGCGAAGCUGAUGUGCCAGCCGUUCGAGGGCGCGCGGUGGUUUGUGUACUCAGACGUGCCGGACGAGCGGUGGGAUGCCACCCUGGUGGGCAUGCGCAUCGCUUACCAGUACUUUCCUGAGCGAGUGGCAGCUAUCCAGAAUGGCACCAGCGACACCAUGGAUGUACCUAACAUCGCACAGGUGAGCCUACACCACACAGAGCAGAACACAAGCCUCUUCUUCUGCCCCUCAGAGCAGCAGUGGCUGGCCCGCGUGCCCUCACUUCUGCUCCUGGCCAACCAGUUCUUCCUGCCCUCGCUCUUCCACCACCCCUCCUUCCGCCGCCACAUACAAGACCUCUUCCCCUCGGGCCGCAUCUUCCAGACCGUCUCCCAGCUCAUCAUGUUCCCCAACAACCGCCUCUGGGCGGCCAUAACCGACAACAUUCACCGCCGGGCGGCGCCGGCCGCCGCCCGGGUGGGGCUGCAGCUGCGGCAUUGCAGCGCGGAUAUUAUUUCGCAGGCGGCAGAGUGCGUGGUGCGGGUGGCACAGGGGGAUGCAGUGGCGGAGGCGAGAAGAGAGAGGGAGAAAAAGGAGGGGGAAAGAGAGGCGGGAGGGGAGCCUGGUGGGGUGGGGGCGGUGGGAGGCGUGGGGAGAGCAGGUGAGGGUGGUGCAGUGGUGGGAAGUGGGGCAGCAGCAGCAGCAGCAGCACCAGGGACGGAUGGCAGUGGCAGCACGAGUGAGAGUGGAGGCGGUGUUAGUAGGCCGAGCAGCUCAACCGUUGUGCUCGUUGCUGCUCUCUACGAGUAUGCUCCCUACAACCUCUCGCUGCUGCUCUUCCCCAGUGCUCCCUCCUCCCCACUCACAUACACCAAGGUUAUUCUCACAGACAGCAGCAGCAAUGACACUAGCAACAGCAGCGCCGGCGCGGACAACGGCACUCAAACCGGCUCUCUUGCGACACACUCCAGCAGCACCACUGCAAUCACCACAAGCACAGAAACCACCACCAACAUUAACAGCAGCAGCAGCGCGGCUACCCCAGAUCUCACCCCAUCAAGCACAGUGAUCAGCAUCCCUGCCAGCAGCAGCGACAUCAGCAACAGCAGCAUCAUCAGCAACGGCACCUUCUCUCUCGACCGGCUCACCACAGAGACAGCUCAAACCGGGCUAGACACCGAGGUGCAGCACGCCAUCAUCGACAUCUACACCCUCGCCCUCGCCUCUGAUGCCAUUCUCAUCUUCCCCACCUCUACGUUUGGGUACCUCCUCUCCUCGCUCUUCGGCCGGCCGGCGUUUUUUGUCUCUCAGGGCUGCCAGCCGGCCCCGUUGGAGCCGUGCUACCAGCACCCCCCGCAGCCGCACCAGUGCUCGGAUGGGCAGCUAGUGGGAGUGCCGCCGUUUAGUGAUUUGUUUGCGCGCGGCGGCGGCGAGCAGAUGGCGGGCGACGAGAGCCUGGUGUUCGAGACGAGCAAGGGCGUGCAGGUGCUGUCGUCGUUCGAGCAGAUGGGCAUUCGCGAGGACCUGCUUCGCGGAAUCUACGCGUUCGGCUUCGAGAAGCCGUCCGCCAUCCAGCAGCGCGCCAUCAAGCCGAUUAUUGCCGGCCGUGACGUCAUUGCGCAGGCGCAGUCCGGCACGGGCAAGACGAGCAUGAUCGGCCUCGCUGUUUGCCAAGUCGUCGACACGAGUUCGAGAGAGACGCAGGCACUAAUUCUUUCGCCAACGCGCGAGCUGGCGGUGCAGACGGAGAAGACGGUGCUGGCGGUGGGCGACUUCAUGAACGUGCAGGCCUACGCCUGCAUUGGCGGCCGCUCCAUUGGCGAGGACAUCCGCAAGCUCGAGUUCGGCGUGCAGGUGGUAUCGGGCACGCCAGGGCGAGUGUACGACAUGAUCAAGCGCCGCAGCCUGCGCACAAGAGCCAUCAAACUCCUCAUUCUGGACGAGUCGGACGAGAUGCUCAACAUGGGCUUUAAGGACCAGAUCUACGACAUCUACCGCUACCUCCCGCCAGAGCUGCAGGUGGUGCUGGUGUCAGCCACGCUCCCCCACGAGAUACUGGAGAUGACCAACAAGUUCAUGACGGACCCUGUGCGCAUCCUUGUGAAGCGCGAUGAACUCACGCUGGAGGGCAUCAAGCAAUUCUUUGUGGCGGUGGAGCGCGAGGAGUGGAAGUUUGACACGCUUUGCGAUCUCUAUGACACUCUCACCAUCACCCAGGCGGUGAUCUUCUGCAACACGAAGCGCAAGGUGGACUGGCUGACGGAGAAGAUGCGCGCUAACAACUUCACCGUGUCCGCCAUGCACGGCGACAUGCCUCAGAAGGAGCGCGACGCCAUCAUGACUGAGUUCAGGGCCGGCACCACUCGUGUUUUGAUCACCACUGAUGUGUGGGCCAGAGGCAUUGACGUGCAGCAGGUGUCACUGGUGAUCAACUACGAUCUCCCCAACAGUCGAGAGCUCUACAUUCACCGCAUCGGCCGCUCCGGUCGUUUCGGCAGAAAGGGCGUGGCAAUCAACUUUGUGAGGAGUGAUGACAUCCGAAUCGCUGCCGUCGCAGGAGUUAUCGGCGUCGCAAGAAACGUCGCCGGUGCGGGCGCCAUGGCGGGAUCGGCGGUGGCGGUGGGCGGCGGGAAGUCGGAGGACGAGCUGCGGCGCGAGAUCGAAGAAAUCGAACGGCAGCAGGCGCAGGUGGAGGACAGUCUGCGCACAAUUAACUCGCGCCUUCCGCCCAGCAUAAGGCGCGCGCUGCCGCCCGCUCCCCCCGCCAUCCGCGGACAGCAUCCCCGCGGGCCCCGCCGCUUCCCCUUCCCCGGAAGCACCGCCGACCCCACUGGCGGCGCUGGCGGCGGUCGCGCAGGCGGGCUGUCGUUCACGCGGCGCAGUCAGUCCGAUGCGACGUUUCCGGAUGGUGACGUGUCAGGGGGCACCAAGAGACGGCGGCUGAUGUCAGCAGUAACUCGGGUGGGGCCUGACGGGGAGCCCAUAGACCCAAUCGAACCGCGCCGCACCGCUCGCGACGUGCCCGCAGACACCACCGCUCCUCCCCCUCCGCCUGCACCUGCCUCCGCACCCCAAACUUCCCCGGGCGCGCCCCCUCUGCCCGCCCAUGAGCCUGCGCCCGCUCCCCCCCGGCCAGUGAUGCACCUGGACCCAGUGGCUCGGCGCCGCCACCGCAACAUGCUGGGGGCGCUGCUCGUGGGCACACUGCAGCGUGCGCGGGAGGAGGAGGAGAGGGAUGCAGAGCUGCUGGCGCGGAGGGCGUUGAUCCAACAGAAGGCGGAGCAGCGAGUGGCAGAGCAGAGUGAGCGGCUGAAGGAGCAGGAGCGGGAGAGGAUCCUGCAGCAGCGCAAGAGAGACCUUGUGCUGAGGGCGCGGCUGAUGGCGAAGGCAGAGGAGAAGGAGGUGCACCUGCUGGCACGGCAAUGGCACCGCCACCGCUCUCGGCUCUCCGGCUUCAUUCGCACGCAGGCCUCGCCGCCCAUCAUGUAUGUGCCAGCGCGCCCCUCGCCAGCCACUGACAAGCUGCUGCAGGCACAAGCGCAGAGCUUGGAGGAGUGGCAGCAGCAGCAGGAGCGCGAGGUGCAGCAGCUGGUGGCGGACUCGCUGCAGCGCCACCUGGCAGAAGCUGAUAGGCUCAUGCUGCCCCAGGGUGGUGAUGAGGGGCAGGCAUUGGGGGGAGGAGAAGCAGUGGGGGUUGAAGGGGGGGAGGGAGGUGAGGUGAUGGGGGGAGGUGAGGUGGUGGAAGGGGUAAAGGCAAUGAAGGGAGAGGAGGGUGCAGGGUCGGAUUCUGAUGAUCAGAGGAUGAACUCAGUUGAGGAUGAGGAAGAGGAGAGGGUCGAGAUGAAAGAAGGGACUAGUGAAGUGCGGGUGAAGGAAGAGAAGGUAGCAGCGGCUGAUGGUGAGCCGCUGAAAGAGGAGGGUGUGGAUGGGGAGGGGAAGGGGGAGGGGCUGGAAGAAGAGAACAUGUCUGACAAGGGCAGUGGAGGGGGAGGUGAGGAGAGCAGUGGUGUGCGGCAGCAGCAUGCGGAGGAGGCGAGUGGUGAGAAGGGUGGAGCAAGGGAGGAGGGGCUUAGAGAUGAUUAUCGAGGGGAUGAACGAAAGGAGGAAGGUGUGGAGGAGAGGGGUGAAGAGGCGAGGAGGGAGAGGCGGGCAACGGGGGACAAGGCCAGGGAGGAAGAAGGUGGGGGCAGGGAGAAGGCAGGUGGGAGCAGGGAGAAGGGAGGUGAGGGCAGGGAGAAGGCAGGUGAUGGCAGGGAGAAGGGAGGUGAGGGCAGAGAGAAUGGAGGUGAGGACAGGGAGAAGGGAGGUGAGGGCAGGGAGAAGGCAGGUGAGGGCAGGGAGAAGGCAGGUGAGCGAAGGAGGAGGAGAACGCAUGGUUAUCAAUAA